AUGGCCUCGACUGGCGGCAAUAUGCAGCGGGUCGAAACCGGAUUUGUUCUUCGUCCUAAUCCCUUCUUUUGUGGUGUAAGGCAACAGCUCCUUCACCACAUCAAUGAACCCUUUCUCGGCUGCCGUGAAAAGGGCAGUCUCUCCCAACUCGUUCACCUCGUUCACGACAGCUGCCCUAAUUUCGGCAACCUCAGCAUCGAAAUCCGAUCCUCUCAAAGUCUGAAGCAUCUGCUCGUUGAUUUCCCCCAAUAUCUGCCGCACGGCGGCCACGUCACCCUUCUGCGCCGCCAGGUGGAGCUCCGUGUCGUUGUGCCGGCCCGUCACCUGCUUCACACCACCAGGGCCUUCCCGGAGGUCGACACCACCAAGGCCUUGCCGGAGUUCGAGGACGCCAGCGAUUUGUUUGAGUUCGACACCACCAGCGCCGGAGCGCGCGGCGACGGAGACGGGGAAGGUGACGGCGGCUCGAUGCUCACGCCCAUCUCGAGAUCUCUCUCGCCUGCUCAACAAAAAUCCACCAUCGUCAAAAACAAACACACACGCACACACAAAAAUUGCGAUUCAGCUGGUGGAGCGGAAAAUUAA